AUGCGCCUUCGAAUACAAACCGAUCCGCCCCUUCCUCAGCUAAAAGCUUGGUUCCCAUUCACUGAUGACGUCGAUAUCCACGGUCUCAAGAAAUCCCUAUGCAGUACGGUUCAGGUGCUCAGAGACGCCAAAAUCAAACCCGGAGAGCUGACGUUGGAGCUCGAUGGUUUCGAAUUGCUGGAUGAACUAGCGUCAUCGGGCGUAGUGAGAGAUACGGACUUGAUUGUAAUCAAAGAAAGAAAGGGAGGUAGCAGCAAGAAAAGAAAAGCAGAAGUGGAAUCUCUAGUUACACGAAACGCGAAGAGACUCAAGAAAGACCUCAUUUCUUCUGAUUCUGAUGACUCUACGGACUCAGACUCGUCCUCUUACGAAUCUUCGUCCAGCGACUCUACGUCCAGCGACUCUUCGCCAUCCGUGGCAUCCGUCAGAAAGAGAUCGCCACCGCCUCUGCGGCAACAUUACGUCCCACCAGGCAUGGGCUCUCAGCAAACACGCAGUCGUAACCAACGCCGGCGACUGAAGAAGAAACACGAAGCAGAAGCCGUUGGCUCUAUUCCGCCGACGGUAACUAGGCCGAAAGACAUAUCAUCGACAAACGAGAUCCCUCUAGGCCGAAAGGCACCCACCGAAGAUGAGCUCAGCCUAUCGAUGUUCUCGCUCGGGAACAAGAACAAGAAAAAAGGCUUCAAGCAGAAGCUCUCUAUUCCAGUGACGCCAAAGAUCGUGUUUCAGGCUCAAACACCGCGGUUCGUCCCGCCAUCAGAGCGGGAGAAUUUGCCUUCGAAAGUGUUUGUAACGAGUGUUGAUGUGGAGGCGGAGAAAUGGGGAAAGAAGGCGAAGAGGGAGGCCAUUGAAGAAGAGAUGGUCUUGGAUUAUGGGGAGGAGGAAGUUGCUGAGGAAGGGGAUACCAUUGACGAGGAGGCCAACAAGAUAUGGGAAGCCGCAGAGGAAAAUUUUGAUUCGUAUCCCGCGAUAACGCAACCAGACCAGAAUCACGUCGGAGCUCUGGUCGCUUGGAAGGCUCUAGCCCUUAAUCCGAUAACAUUCUCCCCUGAAGUCAGCCUCCACCUGGCAUGCAUCGUGGCUGUGAAUGCCGAGAACGCAUAUGUCAUUUCCAGACUUGUCAGACCUGGAUGGGAGACUGGCGACGAGCCAAUCGCGGAUGAGACUAUUGCAUGGGAUGAUGUUUUGAAUAUGGGCUUAAAGAACGCUGGUCCGGAGUAA